UGGGCGAAACUGAUCAUAUCAUCAUCGGAACACCCGUCAAUCUGAUGGGCGGGAGCAUUAACUUCCGGGUGUUCGAUUGCCGUUUUUGUACUGGACGACGCGGUCGUCAUGAUCGCUACUCAGGGCCACCAGGAUCGGUGCAUCCGGAUACACAAGCAGCUGUCGUCGUCCUGCCAAAUUAUGUUCUCGGCCACGUACGAGCGGGUGGUGAUGGAGUUCGCCGAGUAACCAAUCCGAUCGUGUUUCGUCUGGUGCGGGAGCAAGAAUCACUCGAUAACAUCAAACAGUACUACGUCAAGUGCCGCAACCAGGACAAGAAAUAUCAAGCAAUUUCGAACAUCUACGGUGUGAUUACCGUCGGACAAGCGAUCAUUUUAUGUCAUGUGAUGUACAGGACAGUUGUAAGCUCCAAGUAAACUUAUUUUCGGCAUUAUUAAUCGAUCGAAACAAACACGCAAAGCGGCCGGUUGGUUGUCCGGCAAGAUGUCCCAGGAUGGUCACUCGGUAGCGGUACUGUCCGGUGAUCUAACGGUGGAGGAACGGUUGGCCGUUAGUGAUCGAUUCCAAGCCGGACUAGAGAAGUUACUGAUUAUAAUGAACGUUUUGUCCAGGGGUAACGACGUCGAACAGGUGACCAUUAUCGUCAACUUCGACCUGCCGAUGGAUCAGCAGGGACGAGCCGAAUGCGAAACGUAUCUGCAUCGAAUUAGACGCACCGGUAGAAUCGAAAGUGUGACUCAUUCGUGUGAACCUAUAGAUUAUAUUUCUCGCCUCUUCUUUAGCAGAAUGGAAUCGCCAUCAUGAUUUGCAGAUCAAUUGAAAGACACUUCUAGAAAAAGAUUCAGCUGCUAGAUGCACAGAACUCGGACGAAAUUUUAAAUAUCGGAUCGUAUAGUGUUUUAGACCAGCUACUGGUGAAAGGCGCAGGAGCUU